UGGGCUUAGUGGGCGGAACGCGAGUGGAAGCGUCGCCUGCUGUAUGUGUGUGUACUGCCGAUUACACAAAUUUGUAUAGGUGUUCUGUGAUUACACCAGAAAAACAAGAGGCCCACAACGUUGACCAGACCGUGACGCUAUGUUGUUCAAGUUUUGCGGUGACCGGGAUUGCCCCGAUUGGCUUCUUGCUGAAAUUGGCUCUCUCUCGAAGAUCAGCUCCGUGAAAGUGAAGUUGCUUUGCGCCCAAGUAGUUAACGGCCUCCUGCAUUCACAGAUAGACUUUGAUAAGGUGGCUAAACUGACGGCAGACUCCAAGUUCACGGAGGACGAUGUCAAAGGCGUGCUCAUGGCUUUGGAAUUUAUACUGAAGAACUCCACGAAGUUUUCUGUCGACGAGGAAACGCUUGUAAACGAACUCACGCAGCUAGGUCUCCCUAGGGAGCACGCGGUCUCAUUGAGCAAGGUUUACGCGGAUCGCUGUACCGAGAUACUAGCCGUGCUGAAAGAGCAAAGUCUAAGGCUGUCGUCGCUCGAAGGAACACCUCAGUGGCGCCUGGACUACGUGCUCGAGUCGAGCGUUGCGGGCGAAGUGUGCCAACCGUCGGUUCAGAUGAAACUCGCCGUAAGGCAAGGCGACGAAGUCAAGCCUGUGCAUUUCACUAUGUCUGCGGAGAAGUGUGGUGUGUUGCUGCACGAACUAAAGCAAGCUUACAAAGUGAUGAAAAGCCUUGAAGACGCUUAAUGAAUCUUUGCGAUGUCUUGGAGAAAAGGAAUAAACAGAAGGUCUGCAUUAAUUGGGGAUGGGGAGAGAGUGAUAACUCGGGAAGUAAAUAAAUAACGUUUAUUGAGAGAAUGA